AUGUAGGGGGGAUCGAGCAAGUUGCAUACAUACGUUACCCAUUGGUAGAACAUGGACCACCCUAUUAUUCCUUCCUUUCACCGUGCAAAAGAACCUGAGCUCUCCCACGUAAACCCUUUCUUUCUCUUUUCCGUCACUUCAAUUUCCUACAUAAACAUGAACCCCGCCCGGCCUUUCGAGACCACCUCUGUUCAUCGACAUUUCCAUAAGAAUAAGUCUUCGAUUUCUCUCCCCUGCAAAAGAGAAUGCAUAGUUCUGGCCAGCUACCCGUCCAAUCCAACCGAGACUCCCGACCCAUAAAGCGCCACCAAACCGCCCGUAAAAUCGUCCACCGGGUCCGGGAUAGCCUCACCACUCGUGUCUCCAAGUUGGUCUGCGCCAUUUUCUUGGCAUUUCUACUGGUUGUAGGCCUGAUCACAUUCGUACUCUGGCUAAGCCUGCGCCCGCACCGACCGAGGUUCCAUAUCCACGAGUUUUCGGUUCCCGAAGCAACUAAUGCCCGGGUAUCUUUCAACGUGACGAUCCGGAACCCGAACCUGAGCAUCGGGAUCUACUAUGAUUCCAUGAACGGGACAGUCUACUACAAGGAUCAAAAAUUCGCGUGGAAGCAGUUGCUGUUUCCAUUUUACCAGAAGCCGAAGAACACGACGGUGGUGGUAGACGAGCUGAGUGGGUCGGCAUUGACUGUGAACGAUCAGCGUUGGACGGAGUUGAAGAAGGAAUUUCGUGCGGCUGGGAUGGUGCCGUUGCGUCUAGAAAUAACGUCGAACAUCCGAUUUAAGAUCUCCACGUGGCAAAGCAAACGCCAUCAGGCCCACGCCAACUGUGAUGUUUCGUUGGGCACUGACGGCGUUCUCUUGCCAACUUAUAUAGGCAAGAGAUGCCCCGUCUACUUCACUUGAUCAGAGGCAUCGAUCUUGCAUUUUUUAUCUCUCUCUCUUUUUUUUCCCUGCUUACGAAUUAUCAUAUUUAAUUCAUGUCAAAAGUUUGUAUGAUCACUUUAUUCAUCUAAUGUCUCCCUUCUAUUUAAAGAACAAUACAUUGA